AUGAAGCUCGCACUGCUCAGUCUCUUGUCGCUUCUACUGCUGGGCGUAUCUGCACAAGCGGCACCACUGCCUGUGCCAUCUGUGCGUGCGCCCCGACUUCGGCUGACCAAGCGCGUGCCCGGUGCGACGAGUUCGACGCUCGAGGCAGCCGAGAAAGUGCUCUCCGCCAUCCGCGAAAAGGGCCACCCGGAGAAGGCUGUCGAGGAGAGCGACUGGAAGCGACCGGUGAUUCUGUCCAUCGGCGUGGCAGGGUUGAUGCAAACGGCCGGAUGGAACUACGUUGCUGCCAAGUCGUUCAGCGACAAUCGCAAGAAGUUCAACGAUGCCAAGCGUAAAGCUGCCGAGUUGAAGGACAAGCCGCUGCCGAAGGUGGGCGAUACGCUGUGCACCUUCGAGACGUACCGUACGCAGGACGAGGUAGAGAAUCGCACGCCGAGCAAAGCUCAGGCGCCGUGCUUUCAAAUCGCCACCGAUGCUACAAGCGCGUCGCCAAACGUAGCCCCACCAACGACAGAAGAUGUGGGCAAGCAAGCUCGUGCUCGGUCCGGUAAAACGGGGGGUUUGACGCGGCGUGGGCUGUCGCCCAACACGGUGACGCUUGGCGAGAUGGUCAAAGACACCUCGACCAGCCUCGAGCAUGUGCCAUUCCUCUCGCAUCCGGCGAGCUCUUCAUCCAGCCGCCUGACCGAGCUGACGCGUCUUCAUCGGCCCAACCUAGGCACGCUUGAAGAGCACGCGCGUCUCCUCUCGCCCGCCUCGCGCCAUCUAUCGCCUUCCAACAGCCUGGUUCGUCAACGCCUCGCUUCGCUACCGGGUUUUCCCGUGCUAACCCCCGUCGAGUCGCCCAAAUCCGACCAAGGCGACCGUCUGUUGCGCGACUUUUCCUGGAAAAGCAGCCUCGAUUCCAACAGUGUCGACGAGGCCACCUCCAAGCUCGCAUCGCACAGAUGGGGGUGGAUCAAAAAGGCUAGAACCGCCCCAACCGAAGACCUCGUGUUCGCACUCACCAUCCUCAACUCGAUCGGCAGCAUCCCAAGCCUCACACUCACCCUCAUCAACGCCUACUACUACAGGGGCAAUCCCAAAGUCGACUAA